AUGCGAAUGAGGAGCUGUUGUAUGUUGUGGCCGUCAUGUGCGUAUUUGGCACUUUUUCUCUAUGGCGCAUUGGGACAGGUCCGUUAUUCUGUGCCUGAAGAGAUGGCACGUGGCUCUUUCGUUGGAGACAUUGCUAAAGACCUCGGCCUGGACUCCAAACGGUUGAUGACGGGGAAGGCUCGAAUCUUUAACGUUGAUGGGCGCGAGUACGUGGAGCUAGACCGAGAGAAAGGACACAUCAUUGUGAGGGAGAGGAUUGACCGCGAACUGUUGUGCGUUGGUGCCAUGUCUGCAUGCAGCUUCAGCUUUGAGGUUGUACUCGAGAAUCCUAUUGAACUCUAUAGUGUCACUGUGGAAAUAUUAGACGAGAAUGACAACACUCCGGUAUUUCCGAAGAGUGAAAUUGAACUAGAAAUUAGUGAGUCGGUCUCUACUGGUGCUCGCUUUUCUCUUGAAAGUGCAAUAGAUCCUGACGUGGGAAUAAACAGUAUUCAGAGCUAUACUGUCCAUCCGACAGAUCACUUUGGUUUAAAGACACAAAUCCGGGCUGGUAACAGUAAAAGCGUAGAACUGAUCUUGCAAACACCUUUAGACAGGGAGAAACAAGAGCAUUUGUAUUUAACUGUUACUGCCGUGGAUGGAGGAAACCCCAAACGCACUGGCACCGUAAAAAUUCAUGUUGUCAUUCUUGAUGCAAAUGACAACGCCCCUGUUUUUGAACGAGGCUUUUACAAGGUGUCCGUCCCUGAAAAUACAGAUAAGGGAACCUUACUCAUCACGGUAAAGGCGGUAGAUGAGGAUCUGAAAUCCGGAAGCAACAUUCAAUAUUAUUUUGAACACGAUACUGCUGCAAUUAAAGAUCUUUUCUCAGUCGAUGCCUCCACUGGUGAAAUAAGGUUAAUUGGAAAGCUAGAUUUUGAAAAGUCCACCGUUCACGAGUUUAAAAUCCAGGCCAAAGAUCAGGGAGGUCUAUCCGACUCUUGUGAUGUGACCAUAGAAGUAACUGACGUGAAUGACAAUGCGCCAAAAAUAACGCUAAUGUCCUUCUCAAGCACACUAUCGGAGGAUUCUCCCCCCGGGACUGUCGUUGCUAUGUUUAAUGUACAAGACACCGAUUCUGAAGAAAAUGGUAAAGUUACCUGUUUCACUGACGGUAGCUUUCCAUUCAAAAUUGUAUCGACGUUAACUAAUUACUACAGCUUAGUAACCGACUCAGUCCUGGACAGAGAGCAAAUUACAGACUAUAAUAUCACAAUUACAGCAAAAGACGGAGGCAGUCCAUCGCUGUAUAGCAAAAAGAUGUUACAUGUUAAGAUCUCCGAUGUAAAUGAUAAUGCUCCCCAGUUUGAACAAGAAGUAUACAGUGCGCACAUGAUGGAGAAUAAUUCACCUUCUCUGUCUAUUUUCAAUGUUAAUGCUUAUGACGCUGACCUGGGCGCUAACGCACGCAUAUCUUAUUUUAUUUGUGAGGGUGAUUUUAAUGGGAUACCAGUAACAUCAUUGGUUUCUAUAAAUUCGGAGAACGGCGUGAUUUACGCGUCGAAAUCUUUUGAUUUUGAGCAAGUGAAGUUCUUCAUUUUUACUGUGAAAGCCCAAGACGGAGGCUCUCCUCCACUGAGUAGCAAUGCUACUGUGAAAAUAAUUAUACAAGAUCAAAACGACAACGCACCUCAGGUUCUUUAUCCAGUACAGACUGGUGGCUCUAUAGUGGCUGAAAUGGUGCCACGUUCAGCAGAGGUGGGUUAUCUUGUCACUAAAGUGGUGGCUGUAGAUGUGGACUCUGGACAGAAUGCCUGGCUCUCAUAUAAACUGCUGAAAACAACAGACAGGGCGCUGUUUGAAGUGGGUCUACAGAAUGGAGAAAUAAGAACUAUCCGUCAAGUCACUGAUAAAGAUGCUGUGAAACAAAGGCUCACUGUUGUAGUGAUGGACAAUGGCCAGCCCGCCCGUUCAGCUACAGUCAGUGUUAAUGUGGUUGUGGCGGACAGCUUUCCUGAAGUGCUCUCAGAGUUUACAGAUUUUUCGCAUAACAAGGAUUACAACGGCAAUCUGACUUUCUAUCUAGUUUUGGCCUUGGCUGUAGUCUCCUUUCUCUUUACUGUGUCCAUCAUAGCCAUACUUUCAGUCAAGUGCUACAGAUGGAGACGAGGACGGAUGCUCUAUAAAUCCACCACAGAUCUCCCAGUUAUACCGUAUUAUCCGCCCAUUUACGCUGACGUUGAAGGAACAGGAACUUUAAAACAAGUGUACAGUUAUGAGUUAUGUGGAACGAACGAUUCCCGAAAAAGUGAUCUGAGAUUUCUCAGGCCUUUCGGACAAGGUGUUUUGAGUGCUGAUGUUAAUGGCAUGGGGACACUGCAAAGGCAAGACAAUCAGAGUGAGGACCUGGAUGUGAGUUUAGAGGAGUGA